CCAGGCUGAGGUGUAUGGUCAAACAACUGGAGGAGAAAGACGUGAACUUUGAAGAUCUGAAGAAGAACUUGGACUACACAGCAUCCUUACUGGAGGCAGUUUACAUUGAUGGGACCAGACCGGGUCUGGAUGCAGAGGAUGACCUCCAGAAGCUGCACUCUGAUGGCGUGCCCACAGAGGUUACUGAUUGGCUGGCUUCAACCUUCACUCAGAGGGCCCGCCGCCCCGCCCGCCGCUCCGACGACAAACCAAAGUUCCGCAGCAUCGUCCACGCAGUGCAGGCUGGGAUAUUCGUUGAGAGGAUGUUCAGAAGGGCCUACACUGCUGCCAUGCCUGACCAACCUGCAGCAGUAGUUAACUGUCUCCGGGACAUCGACCGGUGGAACUUUGAUGUGUUUGCUCUGAACACUGUCUGCCAUGACCACGCACUACAGACCCUGUUCCUGGAGCUGGUCACACGAUACGGACUCAACAGCAGAUUCAAGAUCCCCAUCUCCUGUCUGAUGUCCUUCUUGGAGAAGCUGGAGAAAGGCUACAGUAAACAUAACAACCCGUACCACAGCAGUGUCCACGCAGCCGACGUCACACAAACCCUCCACUGUCUGCUCCUCCGUACAGGACUAGUGCACUGGUUGACUGAACUGGAGGUCCUGGCGUCACUGUUUGCUGCGGCCAUCCAUGACUACGAACACACUGGAACUACAAACAACUUCCACAUUCACACAAAGUCAGACUUUGCUAUGAUCUACAACGACCGGUCAGUCCAGGAGAGCCAUCACAUCAGUGCUGCGUUCCGUCUUCUCCAAGACGACCAGUCCAACAUCUUCAUGAACCUCUCCAGGGAAGAGUGGAUGGAGCUGCGAGCGCUGGUGAUAGAGAUGGUGUUGGCUACAGACAUGUCGUCUCACCUCGUCCAGGUCAAAGCCAUUAAGGGGUGUCUGCAGCAGCACGAAGGCAUAGACAAACCCAAAGCCCUGUCCCUACUACUGCACACUGCAGACAUCAGCCACCCCUCCAAGCCCUGGGGUCUGCACUCUCGCUGGACCAAAGCCCUCCAUGAAGAGUUCUUCAGACAGGGUGACAGAGAGGCAGAACUAGGUCUUCCUUUCUCUCCACUGUGUGAUCGGAACAGCACCCUAGUCGCAGAGUCGCAGAUAGGUUUCAUAGACUUCAUAGUAGACCCUACGUUCUCCCUACUGACUGACAUGGCUGAGAAGAUAGUAAUUCCCCUGGUGGAAGACAACCCAGGCCCACCAGACCCCUGCAAUCGGCAUAGUAAUCUGUGGAAGGAGAGUUCCAGAGGACUACAGUGGAGCCUGGCUCACUUCACCUCAGAACUGGUCACCUUCAGAUCCACCUGGACACGACACACAGAAGACAACAAGUUCAAAUGGAAGGAGAGCGGCUCUAAUGGAAUCUUGGAUCAGAACGUGACGAAGGAGCCGCCGACUGGGGGAGAGGAACUGUUCUAACGUUGUAAUGGUGCUCAACAGCAGAGAGGCCCUCUCUCGUGUAGCACGAUGCCAAAGGAAACCAUAUGGAAACCAUAGUCAUUUAAUGAGGGUUGAAACAAACAUGCGGGUCAUGUUACUUGCUAAUUACCAACUAUGUUUUCACCCAAAAACACAUUGUUUAACCAGUUAGGAAAAACAUUGAUGAAGAAACUGAACAAAGAACAUAUAGUGCCUUGCGAAAGUAUUCGGUCCCCUUGAAAUUUGCGACCUUUUGCCACAUUUCAGGCUUCAAACAAAGAUAUAAAACUUUAUUUUUUUGUGAAGAAUCAACAACAAGUGGGACACAAUCAUGAAGUGGAACGACAUUUAUUGGAUAUUUCAAACUUUUUUAACAAAUCAAAAACUGAAAAAUUGGGCGUGCCAAAUUAUUCAGCCCCCUUAAGUUAAUACUUUGUAGCGCCACCUUUUGCUGCGAUUACAGCUGUAAGUCGCUUGGGGUAUGUCUCUAUCAGUUUUGCACAUCGAGAGACUGACAUUUUUUCCCAUUCCUCCUUGCAAAACAGCUCGAGCUCAGUGAGGUUGGAUGGAGAGCAUUUGUGAACAGCAGUUUUCAGUUCUUUCCACAGAUUCUCGAUUGGAUUCAGGUCUGGACUUUGACUUGGCCAUUCUAACACCUGGAUAUGUUUAUUUUUGAACCAUUCUAUUGUAGAUUUUGCUACAUGUUUUGGAUCAUUGUCUUGUUGGAAGACAAAUCUCCGUCCCAGUCUCAGGCCUUUUGCAGACUCCAUCAGGUUUUCUUCCAGAAUGGUCCUUUAUUUGUCUCCAUCCAUCUUCCCAUCAAUUUUAACCAUCUUCCCUGUCCCUGCUGAAGAAAAGCAGGCCCAAACCAUGAUGCUGCCACCACCAUGUUUGACAGUGGGGAUGUGUGUUCAGGGUGAUGCGCUGUGUUGCUUUUACGCUACUGAACUUCUGGAGAGAGUUUGCUGCAAUGAAAGUAAAGGGGCUGAAUAAUUUUG